CGGGACGGCGGCGGCGGCGGCGGCGGCGGGCGGCGGGGGUGCCCCCGGGAGCGGCCCCCUGCUCAUCCCCUCGGCCUUCGGGACGGUGCUGUCGGUGAUGUACGUGGCCGGGGUGGCCGGCAAUGUCUACACGCUGGUGGUGAUGUGCCACUCGGCGCGCUGCGCCGCCCCCAUGUACAGCUCCAUCGUCAGCCUGGCCCUGGCCGACCUGCUCUACCUCUCCACCAUCCCCUUCAUCGUCUGCACCUACCUGGCCCAGGACUGGUACUUCGGGGACCUGGGGUGCCGCAUCCUGCUCAGCCUGGACCUGCUCACCAUGCACGCCAGCAUCUUCACGCUCACCCUCAUGUGCACCGAGCGCUACCUGGCCGUCACCCGGCCCCUGGACACCCUGAAGCGGUCGCGGGGCUACCGGAAGGUCACGGCGGGGGCCGUGUGGUCGGUGUCGCUGCUGCUCACGCUGCCCAUGAUGCUGAUGGUCACGCUGACCGAGGGGGGCAAGGCGGAGGGCAAGGUGAAGAGGAUGUGUGCGCCCACCUGGAGCGUGGACGCCUACCGCACCUACCUGACCGUGCUCUUCAGCACCAGCAUCAUGGCCCCGGGCAUCAUCAUCGGCUUCCUCUACACGCGCCUGGCCAGGACCUACCUGGAGUCGCAGAGGAACCCCCCCCACAAGGAGAAGAGCAAGAGGUCCCCCCGGCAGAAGGUCCUCAUCAUGAUUUUCAGCAUCGUGCUGGUCUUCUGGGCCUGCUUCCUGCCCUUCUGGAUCUGGCAGCUGGUGCGCCUCUACAGCAGCUCCCUGCAGCUCACCACCCAAACCCAAAAGUGCAUUAACUACCUGGUGACCUGCCUGACCUACAGCAACAGCUGCAUCAACCCUUUCCUCUACACCCUGCUCACCAAAAACUACCGGGAGUACCUGCGCAACAGGCACCGCAACUUCUACAGGUUCACCUCCUCCUUCCGCAAGAGGGGCUCCAACCUGCAGUGCUCCUGGGGCCGCUCCAUGUCCUCCAGCAACCAGUACGACUACAGCUCCGAGGCGCUGGGCAUGGCCACGCUGAAGGACAAGUGAGGAAGAGGAGGCGCUGCCAACACGCCAGGACCAGCAGAGCGUCCAGCCAAGGUAGGGCUUUGGGGACCCCCUAGCCCUGAAGGGUUCUGAGAACUCAUUUGUGGUGCUCUCUCCAGCGAGGGGCGAGAAGUGGCGUGAAUCCAAAUGCUGCGAGAUGAGUCUGGAGUUCCGUCUGGCUGAGGGAUGUUGGGGGGUGUCCUGCCGGGAGCCAGCAGCUGUUUGGGACAAAUCCUGCAGGGUUUGGGGUGCAGAAGAUGAGGCGGAUGCUCUGCUCGGUGCUGCCACAAACUGGUUUCACGCCUGGCUGAGUUUCGGCUCCAGCUCCGCGCGCCGUUUCUCUCGUGGGCUUUCUCAGUGCUGCCCUGGGGCUACAGCUGGCUCAGAGCUGCAGGAAUCCGAAAUUGGCCCAGGAUCACUUAACUGAGCUGCCAGCCUCGGGUUUGCCCUGUGUGUUACCGUUGUGAACAUGUAAAGAGACUUUUAAGCCCCUUUUCCUAUUUCCUGUGCACUACUGUUCUAUCAAGCUUAAAGUCUCUAUUUUAAAAUUCAUUGCAGCAGCACUUUGAACUCCAAGUAUUCAAAAACCACCAGGUAAGCUGUUAGAAACCACAGGAUUACCUAAAAAAAAAAAAAAAAAAAAAAUUUAAAACCCUUGUAAUUUUUAAAGGUUUCUACCUAAGGUGGUUUGAAUUUGCCAUUGAUUUUUUCUUCUUGAAAAAGUUGGUCCUUUUGUUAAAAGUCAACAGAGCUUGACAAACCUUGGAAGAAAAAUUUACCUGAAAAUUUACCUUGGAAGAAAUAAAAAAAUAUUUAUAAUCCUAUCACUCAAAGACCUGAGGCUCUAAGAAAAAUGACUGAAUCCUAUACCAUGAAACUCAUCAAAAAAGAGACACAUUUUUCCAUGACAUUUGAUCCAAACUGUUUUGCCUCAAUGUAUUCUGCUCAUUUUCUCCCUGCUUGGCAUCUCACAGUAAACCUUCAGCACAGAUCCUGGAGAUGCCUGUAAGCACUUAAACAAUUGUAAAGUGUCAGUUUAUAAAUAAAUGCUUAUUAAAAACGGA